GCGCGGGGCAGCCUUGGCUUCCGCAGUUUGGAGCCUCUGGGCUAGAGAGCCCGAGCUGCGGCUCUGCCCCGAGGCUGGGAGCUACUGCCUGCUUUCUCCGGUUCUUUCCCGGCGUCUGGAAGUCUCUAGAGUUUUUGUUUUUGUUUUUCCUCCCCUAAACUGCCAUCCAGAUUAAUAAUCCUCCUAAUAAGCUGAUCUCCCGCUCCUCCCCACCCGCCUGCCUCCCGCCCUCUUUCCUCCCUCCCUCUCUCCUUCUCAUCUCCUUGGUUGCAGCCGGAGGGAGCCCAGCAGCUGCCCCGGGUCGGGGGUGUCUGAGCCCGGAGGGGGUGUUAGAGCCCGGCGAAUCGAGGCGAUGGUCCCCGGGGUUCACGUUUGCCCUCUGUGCAGAGAACUCCGGCCGCCCCCGCCGCUAAGCCCAGGGCUCGUCACAUCCCCAGGCAUCUCGUUCCCAAAUUAAAAGUCAACAGGGGAAACUCGGGCAGACACCCCUCCUCCCGGGCCCCUCCCGGCUCCCCCGCCCCAUGCCUGCUGGGGAGGCUGCCUGGUGCGGAGGCGGCAGCGGCGGCCGAGGCCGAGGCAAACUGUGCGUGACCGCGCCUGCGGGGGAUUUUGCCAUCCGUGCACCGGGACCCGGGGAGGAAGAACCAGCGGCUCCCCAUUACCUCCCUCUCCAUUUCCAUUUCGCGGACCCCUCAGGGACUCGUUUUGGGGUUCCCACUGACUUCUAAGAAGGACGCGUGCCCCUCUCUGACCCCAGCUCGGGCGGCCACCUGUCUUUGCCGCGGUGACCCUUCUCCCAUGACCCUGCGGUGCCUCGAGCCCUCCGGGAAUGGCGCGGAAGGGACGCAGAGCCAUUGGGGGACCUCGGGGUCGGCGGAGGAGCCGUCCCCGGAGGCGGCGCGUCUGGCGAAGGCCCUGCGGGAACUUAGUGACACAGGUUGGUACUGGGGAAGUAUGACUGUUAAUGAAGCCAAAGAGAAAUUAAAAGAGGCACCAGAAGGAACUUUCUUGAUUAGAGAUAGUUCGCAUUCAGACUACCUACUAACAAUAUCUGUUAAAACAUCAGCUGGACCAACUAAUCUUCGCAUCGAAUACCAAGAUGGGAAAUUUAGAUUGGACUCUAUCAUAUGUGUCAAGUCCAAGCUUAAACAAUUUGACAGUGUGGUUCAUCUGAUCGACUACUAUGUUCAGAUGUGCAAGGAUAAGCGGACGGGCCCAGAAGCCCCCCGGAACGGCACUGUUCACCUUUAUCUGACCAAACCGCUCUACACAUCAGCACCACCUCUGCAGCAUCUCUGUAGACUCACCAUUAACAAAUGUACCGGUACCAUCUGGGGACUGCCUUUACCAACAAGACUAAAAGAUUACUUGGAAGAAUAUAAAUUCCAGGUAUAAGUGUUUCUCUUUUUCUAAACAUGCCUCCUAUAGAGUAUCUCCGAAUGCAGCUAUGUAAAAGAGAACCAAAACUUGAGUGACGGCUCUGGAUAACUACGCGGAAUUCUAAGAACAGCUGAAGUCAAUCUAAUUUAAACGUGUGGAGGGGUAGCUAGGUAUUUAAAGUUCCCCCAAAUAUUUUCACCUGAGUGAUGCUUCCCUUCCUAAGGCUGACCAAGACCAGUUUAUCCUUUUAAGUUAAAAAUAAAACGUCCCAAGUAAAGGCUGAAGGAACACUUUAUCAGAACUCUUUGCCUUUCUGAGGUUCGUGUUAGGUGGAAGGUGCCAGCACCGGCAGUAGAGAAAGAGCUCCACUUAGGAGUGCUGAAGAAGUGGAAGGAACCAAACUGACACAGGCUUAACUUCAAUUUUGUAUGCCUGGUGAUCAGAGUCUAUUUUAGGACAUUUGAUAUUUUGCAUUCUGAUGUACUUAGGAGAUUUGUUAAACAGAUAUGCUUGUGAGUAUUUAUCCUUCAUUUUAUGCAAUUAACCAAAUCAACCAAAAAAAGUGACCAUGAAAUCC